CACCCCUAUUCUUCCUUCUCAACACCACAACACAAAACCUCCACCUUUGUUUCCCUGAUCACUCUCUCACAACACCAUGGCCUCCCCAACACUAAUAACCCCCAAAUCAGUCAAAUCACUCUCACCCAUCAAGCCCAAAGCCACCACCAUCACCAUCGCCGCCACUCUCACACCAUCCACCACCACCCACCCUCGCCGCCGGGAAUUGUUGUCCAUCAUCACCACCACAUGGUUGCUCCCUCUGAGCCCGGCACUGGCAUCCUCGGACGAGGAAUACGUGAAGGAGACAGAGGAAGUGAUCAACAAAGUGAGGACGACAAUCGUGAUGGACAAGAAUGACCCCAACGUGGCAACCGCGGUAGCGGAGUUGAGAGAAACCUCGAACUCCUGGGUGGCAAAGUACAGGAGGGAGAAAGCGCUUCUUGGACGCGCUUCCUUUAGGGACAUAUAUUCCGCGCUCAACGCUGUGUCGGGACACUACAUUAGCUUCGGACCAACCGCUCCCAUUCCCGCCAAACGAAGGGCAAGGAUCUUGGAGGAGGUCGACACUGCUGAAAAGGCGCUUCUAAGGGGAAGAUGAUUGAGGGGGAAAAAAGGGUUUUUUUUUUUCUUUGUAAUGUAUCAAACUGAAGUUACUGUAAGAGGCUCUCGCUUUCUCCGUUUAUUCGGAGGGGAAGAGAUACAUGUAUGCAGUCAUAGAGUCAUAAAGAAAUAUGGAGGCAUUUUCCGUUGAUGACAUGAUGGAGGCAGUUUUAUUACUAAAUUCAAUCGAUCACAACUAUGCUCAUUAUCUGCUUUCCUUUU